AUGGUCGCUCAUGGCUCUGUAAGUAGCCGUCUUUCUCAGAGUCUUACGGAGGAAGAUAUCCCCGGAGCAUCGCUUCAGGGAAGAAAUCCGACUGCUCUUAAAACAGAUGAACUUCGCUUUUGGUUAAAAUGUCGUGGCGAUCCAGCAAAGGGGUUAAAAACAAAGGCACAAUUGGCGAAAAGGUAAGUACAGUAUUUGUCAGUCGUUCGUGAUACUUUUAAGAAUUAAAAGAGACUUUGAUAUUGUAAAUAGAGAUCAAAAGAUUUAGGAGUUAUUUUUCUCGAUGAAAUGUUUCAAAAAUGUAAUGAUUAAUAGUUUUUCUACUUUUCAUUUUGAAGAGUUCUUGAAUAUGUUGCGUCUGGUCGUGAUAAAGAUGUUGUGGAUCCCGAUAAAAAAAUGAUAUACACGCGUCGAAAGGCGAGACAAGAACAACUCGCUCAAAGUGAUGCGUUGCCUGAGGAAAGUACUGUUAAAUUUCCAUCAGUCGGAUGGUCUACAAGUUUGCAACGAAUGCCAUUAUUCACAAGGGCAGAGAUGGAUUUACAUAUUUCUAAAUCUGGAAAAAACUUUGACAGAAAUAAACAGAACCAUGCUGUUCCAACAAGCAUGAAAAAGGCACAAACAUUUCUUGAUGAUGAAUACCUGAAAGACUUAACUUGCGCAAGUGAUGACCAAUAUUUCUAUUUCAAAUGCUUGUGUUACCAUAGCUUUAAAAAAAAUGAGCCACCCCACAAAUUACAAGUUGCACUUUGUUUAGUGAGUGGAGUUGUUAAAUAUGCUUCGUGUACAUGUGUAGCAGGAUCUCUUGGUUUUUGCAAUCAUGUGCUUGCUGUUAUGAUCAAACUCUGUAAGUUCAGUUUGUAUUGUUGUCAAGAUAUUAAGGACUUGGAAAAUGAAUCUGAUAUGACACAAGCUAAGGCAUGCACUUCAAGUUUACAACUAUGGCACAGGCCUGUAAGAGGAGAUAAAAUCAAGCCCCAACCUGUCAUGGAACUUGAGGUAAAAAAGUCGAAUAUAGACACAGAGUAUAACCCUGAUAGUGGAGUAAGGUGCUUGUUGUAUGAAGCUAGGAAAAAUUUGGGUACACAAGCAUCUGAUGAAGCUUUGUUAAAAAACAAGCUUCAAGAGAUCAACCCUAAGUUUGCCUUGUCUCAAAUUAUGUCUACUGGUGGUACCAACUUACAGGAAACAAAAUUUGGAAAAUGUCCAAGUGGCUCAUAUGCAAGUUACCAGUUACAGUUCACAGAGUCUAAUUUUCAAGUUUUCUGUAAUAUUGACUCAGUGCCUAGAGUGGACUGUAAUGAUGAACAAAAUGCUAUUUCUGUAUAUCCUCCAUUCCCUUUGCAACAAUCUGAGCAGUAUGAAAAGCCAGAUGAUUUAAGCAGCAACCAGGAAGCACUCCUGGAUCAUUUGAUUGUUGAUGAGGCAAAGCUUAAUACCAUAGAGAAGAAAACAAGUGAACAAGCAGCCUCACAGGAAUGGCAGGCUGAAAGGAAAUUUCGGUAUACAGCAUCUAAUUUCCACACAAUUGUAAAAAGGCAAAGGAAUCAUAACACUCUAGUAAAUAAUCUGCUUCAUCCCAAACCAUUCACUGCCAAACAAACUGCACAUGGGAAAACCUAUGAGCCUGUAGCCUUAAAAGAAUAUGAAAGAUAUAUGUUUUCAACAAGGAACCCAGUUUCAGUGUUCAAAAGUGGCCUUGUUGUCAGUAUGGCCUCUCCCUUUUUAGCAGCAUCACCAGAUGGCAAGGUCAUUGACCGAGGCUGUAGCAAGCCUUUUGGGCUGGUAGAGGUUAAAUGUCCCUACUCUAAAUUUCAUGUGAGUCCUUUAGAAGCAUGUGCCGAUGAAACUUUUUAUGCAGAAAAUGUAAAUGGAAAGCCGAGGCUAAAAAGGGGGCACCAGUACUACUUUCAGAUACAGGGUCAACUAGGUAUUACAGGAGCAAGUUGGUGUGACUUUGUUAUCUAUACUAACAAAGGCGUGAGUAUAGAGAGGAUCACAUCUGAUCCUCAAUUCUGGGACGUAUUGAAUGAAGGCCUAAAGAAGAGCUAUUUUGAACAUUUCAUAGCACCAGCUUCUGUGGAGUUCAGUAACCAUUAG